AUGCGGAUUGCAGUCUUUAGAGUAGAAAUCAUUCUUCUCAAUAAGAGCUCUCAACAUAUCAAAAGUAAACUCCGAGCUGUUAGGAUCACUGGUAGUGCGCGGCUGCCCAAAGCACGAGCAGCCCCAUCUACUCCCGCCGCCGACAACCCUCCUUCCCGAACACCCGGGAUUUACGUAAAUGCCCCUCUUCUUCCUUUUCCUCAGCCGCAAGAAAGACAAUCUCCGGCUCUUUUUCCCGCACCCUUUGCAGUUCUUCUCUUCUGCGUUCGUGGACCCCUCGCCUUCUUCGUAUUCGCCGUCAUCAGCCUUUGUCUUCUGUUUAUCGGACAUCAAAAUCCGACCAAACCGAUAAUGUGUCCGAUCAAUAAAUCACUAGGAUUAUUGGCAUGGCACCCAAAUGUGGUGGCAUAUGAUUUAACGGACAAAAUUGAUGGCAAAUGA